AUGCUUUACAAUUUUCAGAAGAGCUUCAAAGGGGUGGUAAAUCCUUCGAAUUGUGCCAAUUGACCGACUUUCGCACCUUUUGAACUUUUGCGCAAUUGUCGGAAAGGAGGCUUGCUGGUCAGCGCGCGGCAUCAGGAGUUACCAAUGAUUCCCAAAUCUUAUUGACAACGGGGCCGUCCUCAUUUUUGUCCCAUUUUCUAUAAUGUGCGUAUAAAGCGGUUUAGCUCAAGUUUGCGGAGGAAUCAUUUUAGACGGAGAAUUCGUCUGUCAUCUGUUCGUACGGGAUGCCUUUAGACUUUUCAAACACAUUUCGCGCCUCGUUUUUACUGGGUUGUGUGAUAAUCUGCAGUAAUGUGCUAUGUCCCGUCUGUGCGUACCUGUACAACAACCGCUACGCAGGUGACCAGCUCUUCAGGAUUACCCCCAGAGAUGAGGACGAGGUCCAGGUGCUGCAGACACUUUUACAACAUCACAAGGUGAACCUGUGGCAGCCCAACAGUGCCUCUCUGAUCAGACACAACGCCACCGUGGACGUGCACGUGGGACGGAACAGCACACAAGGGCUACGUGCACGUCUGCAAGGAGAACACAUCCACUUCAAGGUGUUCAUCUCCAAUCUCCAGAAGGAGAUUGAAAAGCAGUCCGGAUAUCGCUCCUCCCGCAAGCGGAGGUCUGAAUCCCAGUAUGACUAUGAGGUUUAUCACUCUCUGGAAGAGAUUCAGAGGUGGAUGUUUGAGAUGAACAGGACCCAUUCUCACCUGGUGGACAUGUUCUCCAUAGGAAAGUCCUACGAGGGCAGGCCUCUCUAUGUGCUUCAGCUAGGAAAGAGAGCGCGGCCCCAUAAGAAGUCUGUGUGGAUCGACUGUGGCGUCCAUGCCAGGGAGUGGAUAGGACCAGCCUUCUGCCAGUGGUUUGUCAAAGAGGCCCUUCAGUCAUACCAGUAUGACUGGGCGAUGAGGCGGUUGAUGAACCAGCUUAACUUUUACAUCAUGCCUGUCUUCAAUGUGGAUGGAUAUCACUUCAGCUGGACCACGGACCGGUUCUGGAGGAAAACAAGGUCAAAAAACGCCAAGUACCCCUGCAGGGGUGUGGAUGCCAACAGGAACUGGAAGGUAAAGUGGUGUGAAGAGGGGGCUUCCUCACACCCCUGUGAUGACACGUACUGUGGACCGUUCCCUGAGUCUGAACCCGAGGUCAAGGCUGUCGUCAAGUUCCUGCGGAAGCACAAGAAGAGAGUGAAGGCCUACAUCUCCAUUCACGCUUACGCUCAGAUGCUGCUCUACCCCUACUCUUACAAAUACGCCACCAUACCCAACUUCAACUGUGUGGAGUCAGCCGCCCACAGUGCAGUGACAGCCCUGUACUCAGCCUAUGGAGUGAGGUACAGGUAUGGGCCUGCCUCCACCACUCUCUACGUGAGCUCCGGCAGCUCCAUGGACUGGGCCUACAGGAACGGGAUCCCCUACGCCUUCGCCUUCGAGCUGCGAGACACCGGAUACUUCGGUUUCCUGCUGCCCGAAUCCCUCAUCAACCCCACAUGCACAGAGACCAUGCGGGCUGUCAAGACCAUCGCGUCUGGCCUGCUGAAGAAGUGCGACGAGACAAACAGGGACAGUUUCCCGUUUAUUGGAUAACUGGGACCUGUGCUUAGGGUCAACUCCCUGUCUCUUCAUCUGUAGGCCACAAAAGAUUGUUAUUUUGGGAUACAAAUGGCAUGACCCGAUGGGGAUCAUGGAUGGUAUUGUGGUGAUGGUGGAGGUGUCUUCUUUGGAGGAAUGGGGUCUUUAACUGAAGGUGGUGGGCUUGAAACUUUUUGGACAAGCUCUAAGCUUAUAGUAGGGAGGAAUAACGUUAUCUAAUGUUUGGUGUUGUACUGAGUCUGCGAUUUCUUUAAUGGGACAAUUCAGAGAACACCACAUGAACUUAUCAGUUUACAAAGAUGGUCAUAACCCUUGACUGGCUUUUUUGACAAUCAACCUCAUUUGUUUCAAACAGAUGUCCAAAUACAUUAAAGUUCUGUCUCAGAACAGUGUUCAGUCAAAUGACCUCUCCAGACUUCAGGAUGCCACCCCUAUACGUUUGGGACCAGACAACUGGGUCCAUUUCAUCUUAAGAACCUCUAAAGAACCAGGAUGAUGCUGAGCUUCUGGUUCUCAAAACACCUACAAAUGGACCACAACGUUUACACCACAGUGUUUACUUUUUUGAUAUGACAAUAUUAAUAACAUUUUAAUGAAAUGUUACGAAUGUUGUAAUGGAGUGUGCAUGCUCAUAAUAUUUCUCAUAGAUUAAUAUCAUGUUUGUUGGGGGAUAAGGAAAUUCUAACAUUUUGUUUUAACUGAAUGCUAAUUUUGUAGUUUUUUUUUAAAAUAAAAAUGUAAACAUAA